AUGUCGAGGAACAUUUCUCUGGACUGGGUUCUGCCUGUCCUCACCAUCUUAUUGUUGUAUCUUCACAUACAGCCCAUUCAGACGGCUGGAAACGCGUCAGAACGGCGACUAACGGGCGGAAAUGUAUGCACAACAUUCGAAAAGUGAGUCUCGUAUAAUUUUUGAAUAAAUUAGAAUUUUUUAUGAUCAAAGGAAUUCGGAGAACGUUCAUUUGAACAAAAGAGCUAUGAACAAUGUUGUUUUUUGAGAGAAAAACAACAAAAUUGUUAUCUAAAAUUAUACGAAAAAAACAUUCCUUAAAGUUUUCGUUAUCAAAAUUAAAAAUAUGGUUUCAAUAGUCAAAGACUUACCUUUAAUAGUCAAGCCUUAUCCACUAUAAUGUAAAUUUAAGAGUUCUAAAGCCCACUCUCGAGAAAUACACUCAAGAAGUGCUAUUGGAGACCUACGUGACCUGUGGCGAUCCAUUCCAAGGAUUCAAAUGCAAAGAGCGAAAGUUAGUUAUUUUUGUCAAUGACACAUUUUUAGGACAAAAUCUUGCUAAUCAUAAACAAAAUUUUGUUGAUAACACAUUUUAUGGAUAAAGCUUUGUUGAUGACUGUUUUUCUGGACGAGAUUUUUUUAUGAGUUCUGUUCUAUACAACGUUUUACAGAUGACGCCUUUUUUAUACAAACGUAAUUUUGUAAUUUCAGAAAAGGCCAAAGAAUCUCGUACAAAUCGGUACCAAAAGAGCAGCUGGUAGUGGUAGAGAAGUGCUGUGAUGGUUACCGUGAGAUCGAGAACAAGACUUGUAUCGCUUCGUGUGAUCCACCAUGUAAAAAAGGAUACUGUGUAGCGCCAAACCAAUGUCAAUGUUUCGAUGGCUAUGGUGGCGACACUUGUUCAGCCAGUAAGCAAUUAGUAUAAACAAACCUUGGCAACUGCCUUUUGCAACACAUUGUUUGGGAAAAUAGCAUUUAACUAGAGUUUGUCACUAUUUUACAACAGCAAAUAUAACAUUUAAUUAUACCAAAGUAACCUUCUCUUUUACAGAAUGUCCAUUUGGAAUGUGGGGUAGGAACUGUCGCGAGAAAUGUGAAUGUGAGAACGGAGCUGGCUGUGACCCAGCUAAUGGAAAGUGUUUGUGUUCUCCAGGUAAUAGUUAAAAGCUUUAUUAUUGACGUUUAGGACAUUAUGUUGUCUCGGUGUAUACGAUGACUAAAUUAUGAUUUAGGAUUUACUGGAGAGCGAUGUGAAGAUACAUGCCCAGAGGGAAAGUUUGGGGCUGAAUGUGCUGGAGAAUGUUUGUGUCAGAACGGUGGAAAGUGCAAUCACGUUGACGGGACCUGCGAUUGUCCUAGUGGUUACAUUGGCAAGCAUUGUCUUACGAAAUGCGAUAAGGUAGGUGUAGUUUGAAUGAAUUGAACAUUAUUUGUAUAAACAUCUUCUUUACUGCAAUAUUGAUAACCUUGCCUUUUGUACCUAUUACAUAUUUGUAUUGUAUUUUAGGAGCAUCCAGAAGAAGGAUGUACAUUCGAAUGUGGAUGUCAGAACGAUGGAGAGUGUAACUCAAGAACUGGACAUUGUACAUGUCCUCCGGGCUUUACUGGUGAUAUUUGUCAAACUAAGUGUUCUGAGGGAAGGUAUGGACAAGAUUGUGCCAAGAAGUGUGAUUGUAUGAACGAAAAUGGCUGUGAUCCAGUAACCGGAAAGUGUAUCUGCAUUGGAUUUGCUGGAGAUCAGUGUAGAACACCGUGCCAGAGAGAUUACUAUGGUCUUGAGGUAGGGUUUCUAAUAAUAUCGUAAUAUUAAUGAGUCUCUUAAUGUUAAUGUAUGAUUGAAUUGUAGGCCUUUAAUGAAGUUGUUUUAAAUGUUAAUCAGUUUGUGAUUUAGUGUUCUGAGAAGUGUGAAUGUGGCUACGGAGCUCACUGUCAUCCUAAAAAUGGCACUUGUGUUUGUAGCCAGGGCUUCAGAGGGGCUGAUUGUAGCGAGAAAGUGUGUAAAGACGACAAAUUUGGGUUUAACUGUGAACAUACGUGUACCUGUAAGAUGGAUAACACCGAAUUGUGAGUUUUCAAAAUAUUUUUAUUCGAAUUUUGUUUGAAGACUUUAUUUAUUUUACUUUUACCUUCAGAUGCCACCCAGUAACCGGCUUCUGUCAAUGUAAGCCUGGCUUCACUGGCCUUACGUGCGACCAUUACUGUCCGAUCGGAAAGUUUGGGAAGGACUGUAAACAAGAAUGCGACUGUAACUUUGCCGAAGGCGCUGCCUGUGACUCUGUAACCGGCUCUUGUCUUUGCCCUCCUGGAUAUACUGGUUCUAAAUGUACCGAAAAGUGCUCUACCGGUCUCUAUGGCCCUAAUUGCGAUAGCAACUGCGAUUGUCAACAUGAUUCUGUGUGCGACUUCAGAUUGGGAAUGUGCAACUGUACGACUGGAUUCAGAGGGCCAUCGUGCUCGCUUCAGUGCUGGGCGGGCACGGCUUCGGAUCAGUGCAGAAGCUGCGACUGUCACAACGAUGCUGGUUGUGAUUCGUCGACCGGUAAAUGUAUUUGUGGAGCUGGCUGGACUGGCGAGAAGUGCGACAGACCUUGUGCCAACGGGUACUACGGACUGAACUGCCAACACAAAUGCAAGUGUGUGCACGGAGAGUGCGACAAACUUAAUGGACAGUGCAAAUGCGACAAGGGAUAUUAUGGUAUGUUUGGUGGUAUACUAUUUUUAUCUUUAUAGUUAUUUUAAUAUUUUUUAUUUUGUAGGGAGGUAUUGCACUUGAUAUUUCUUAUCAUAGCCAAAAGGUUGUUACCACAUUUCAAAUUUUGAAAAAAUUUUGUUGAAAUUUUUAAAAUUUUGUCAAUUUAUAGGAGAAGCAUGCGCUAGCAGGUGCGGCAACAACCAAUGGGGAGAACAAUGUGAAAAUGAAUGUGAUUGCUCAGGGUAUGGCACUUGUGAUCAACAGACGGGCAAGUGUGCCUGUAAAGAUGGUAGAAGUGGUACGAAAUGCGAAGACGGUGAGUAACCCAGACUUGUUUACACUGGUGAAUGUUUAAGCUGUUUGGAAAGCGAAUUAAAAGCGAAAACAAGAUUGUUUACUGAUGAGUAAUAUCGGUUUCUUAAUGUCUGAACAACUCAUAAUCGAAUUUAGACAUUAGAAAAACUCUUUAAAUUUAAAUAACUGUAACAAUCUAAAGUAAAAACAGACAAAAAUUUAACAUGCUUUGUUACAGUAUGCCCUACGGGCCGUUUUGGACCAGGAUGUACUGAAGAGUGCCCCAAAUGUGGAGAUGGGGCUGGUUGUGACCCAGUGACUGGUACUUGUUUGUCGUGCCCAGAUGGCUACAAAGGCGACAACUGUGAGCAAACAUGUUCUACUGGAUAUUGGGGAACGAAUUGCGAGAACAAGUGUAAAUGUGGUGAUGUAGAUGGCUGUAGUCACGUGGAUGGUACUUGUCAAUGUCCUUUGGGCAAGAUGGGGGCUUACUGCGAUCAAGGUAAGGGAUAACUGUACUAUAUAUUUGCUUACAUUAUAUAUAUUGAGGUAGAUAUGUUUUAAUUAUAAGUUUGCUUUAUAUUAUUGCAGGUGGAAAUAUAAUGUAAAUCAACAAAUUGUUUUAGAAUGCCCUGAAGGCAAGUGGGGCAAGAACUGUGUCCAUGAUUGUGUGAAAUGCGUAAAUGGCGGCAAAUGUUCGUCAAAGGAUGGUGAAUGUAAAUGUCCUCCAGGCUUCGAAGGAAAGUUUUGUGAACGACAAUGUCAACAAGGCUUCUGGGGACCAUCGUGCUCAAAGACCUGUAACUGUCAGUCCAAUAAAAAGUUCUGCAACUCAAUUACCGGACAGUGUCACUGUGCUGCUGGUAUGUUUUUCUAUGUUAGUAUUUACAAGGAAAGUACCCAACCUGCAACUCUCAGAAUUAGCUCAAAAUUUUUAUACGGAUUCUUUGUAGCACCAUUAGCACAUAUAAAAAAUCUUAGCUUGCGGUUUUAAGUUUGAAAUUUAAUAUAUUUAAAUUUUCCGCUAAUUUGGCAAAUUUGGCAUUGUGUUGCAAGCACUUUUUUUGAUGUUCCAGAUAAGAUAGGCUUACAAAUUUAAAAUUGCAGGUUCAUUUAAAGCUUUUCUAUCAGUAUAUCAAAGAAAAAUAGUUAAAAAUCAAAAAUUGACAAAGUUAAAAGCUUGCAACACCAUGCCAAUUUGGCGGGAAAUUCAAAACGAGAUUUUUUGAUCUCGGUUUUCUCAAGGCUGGCCGCAAACCGCAACUUAGAAUUUUACAUAAGGUCUUACAUUUACAUGAUCUUUCAAUAGAAAAAAUUUAAACGAAAUCUGAGCGUUGCAGGUCGGGUACCUUAAUUGUUAGCUACACUAAUCCUUUAGUUUUUGCAUCAUUAUCUGUGAUAUUGUUUUACCUAUUACUUUAGGUUUCUUUGGCGACACCUGUGAAAGCGAGUGUGCUUCUGGAUUCUGGGGCGAAGACUGUGCCAAUACUUGUAAGUGUAGACAAGGAACGUCGACUUGUCAGACUCUGACUGGAAUAUGUGAAUGCAGCUCUGGGUAUAUUGGAGAGUUCUGCGAAAAGAGUAAGUAAUAGUAUUCGAACCACUAAAAUACAGUUUGUGAUAAUAUGAUAGCAACUUUACUACGUCAUUCAUUUGUUUUAGCUUGUGCUCCUGGAUUGUACGGUAAGGACUGUAAGAAGACCUGCGGCAAAUGUGGAGAAAAUGAGGUUUGCGACCCAGUUCACGGAUGUUGUUCUCCAGAUGAAGAUGGUUUCUGUGGUGUAGCUUGUAAGUCUUCCAAUCGAAUGUCAUAGUUUAAUAAUUUUUAUAUUAUUAUUGUUAAAAUGUAAAUUUUGUUACUCUGCUUACGUUAUUAUAAUCCUUGAUAUUCAGAUGCGGAACAAAAGCGACUGAUGAGUUCGUCGACAAAGAAAAUUGGCUUCUCAGUGAUCAUGUUGAUCCUGAUCGUCGUCUUUUUGAGUCUGAUGGUGUUCUACUACAGAAGAAAGUACGCCAAGAGAAAGGAGGUCUUCAUGCCAACAGUAAAGUACGAUCCUGAUGCUGAGGAGGACCUUGACAACAGAGUCUUCAACCCCAGCUUCUAUUCUCAAGUUCAGACACAGAAUGACGACCUCGCGGAAGUCGAUGACUUGGCCCAAAUGAAGGGCCAGACAAUGAAUCGGCCCAAAAAGCCAGAAAGUGAGUGAAUUAUUUCUUAUUUUAGGCAAUAUAUUAAUGUAAUAUUAUAGUAAAGCAAAAUAAUAUGAUUAUAAUAAGACGUAAAGUGAUAUUGAGUACAUUCUAUCUACUUAUGUUUAGAUGAAUACCACGCUCUGGGUGCUGAAAUGCCAGGCCCAUCCCAACAAGACCAAAACCAGUACGAGUCCAUUCCCUCGCCACCUAUCAGGACUGCCAACCAAGUCAGACCGGCUCCUAGAUCCUCGAAUCCAAUCAGCUUCGACAAUCCGAAUCUGGGUACGAAGCCUUUACUGUCGUCGGAUGACAGUAGCGACGCUUAG